AACAUCUUCCGUGUUAUCCACUGUUGUUACUUCACGUCUCUCUCUCUCUCUCUCCCUCUCUCUCCCAAAAGAAGAAGUGAAGGAAGCGACGACAGUACAAAACAAAUCUUCAAAUGUCUGCUUUCACUCGAAUCAGAUACUGACAGACGAUCCGUAACAGUUUACAAACUCGCGCGCCCAUAUGGAAUUGAAAAAAAAAAAGAAAUGAUCUUUUUUUUUUUUGAUUCCUGACGACGAGUUAUAGAGAGAUCUUCUUGUUUCCACUUUAAAGCAUAACCCAAACCGUCUCAGCUAUGUCGUCGUCUGUCCGGUUUACGGCAGCUAUCCUGGUUUGUCUAUUACCGCUGUCGGUUCUGUCCUACAAUUUUCCGGCGGCUCUGAAACUCGAAAGAGCGAUUCCGGCGAAUCACGAGAUGGAGAUCAGCCAACUCAAGGCGCGCGACAGAGCAAGACACGGCAGAUUGUUGCAGUCUCUCGGCGGAGUUAUAGAUUUCCCCGUCGACGGAACUUUUGAUCCUUUCGUUGUUGGAUUAUACUACACGAAGCUGAGGUUGGGAUCUCCUCCAAGAGACUUUUACGUACAGAUCGACACAGGAAGUGAUGUUUUGUGGGUUAGUUGUGCUUCUUGCAAUGGCUGCCCUCAGACCAGCGGACUCCAAAUUCAGUUGAAUUACUUUGAUCCAGGGAGCUCGGUGACUGCGACGCCGAUCUCAUGCUCUGACCAACGAUGCAGUUGGGGUGUUCAGUCCUCUGAUUCCGGCUGUUCUGUUCAGAACAACCUCUGCGCUUACACGUUUCAGUACGGAGAUGGAAGCGGCACCUCGGGGUUCUACGUCUCCGAUGUCUUGCAGUUUGACAUGAUUGUUGGUAGCUCUCUCGUCCCUAACUCAACGGCUCAGGUUGUGUUCGGAUGCAGCACCUCGGAGACGGGUGAUUUGGUGAAGUCGGAUAGAGCAGUUGAUGGAAUCUUCGGGUUUGGGCAGCAAGGGAUGUCUGUGGUUUCUCAGCUUGCUUCCCAGGGAGUAGCUCCUAGAGUUUUCUCACACUGUUUGAAAGGAGAAAACGGAGGCGGAGGCAUAUUGGUUCUCGGGGAGAUCGUGGCGCCUAACAUUGUCUUUACUCCACUUGUUCCCUCACAGCCUCAUUACAAUGUGAAUCUUCUGAGCAUCUCAGUGAAUGGUCAACUUUUACCUAUCAAUCCAUCCGUCUUCUCCACGUCAAACGGUCAGGGAACAAUCAUUGACACUGGUACAACACUGGCGUACCUUUCUGAAGAAGCCUAUGUUCCUUUCCUUGAAGCUAUUACAAAGGCUGUUUCGCAGUCUGUGAGACCUGUUGUUUCAAAAGGGAACCAGUGUUACGUCAUAGCCUCGAGUGUCGCAGACGUAUUCCCUCCAGUUAGCUUGAACUUUGCUGGUGGAGCAUCCAUGUUUCUGAAUCCUCAGGAUUACCUUAUACAACAGAACAACGUCGGAGGUACUUCAGUGUGGUGCAUCGGUUUUCAGAGGAUACAGAAUCAGGGGAUAACGAUCCUUGGAGAUUUAGUUCUUAAAGACAAGAUCUUUGUCUAUGAUCUGGUCGGUCAGAGAAUCGGAUGGGCAAACUACGACUGUUCAAUGUCAGUAAAUGUCUCUGCGACUAGCAGCAGCGGAAGAAGCGAAUAUGUGAACGCAGGACAGUUCAGUGACAAUGCCGCGACGCAGAAGCUGUCUUUAAACAUCGUCGGAAACACUCUAAUGCUCUUCUUACUUAUUAUGGUAAUCAACAUGUUCUUAUAGCACACGGCUUUUGCCUUGAUGUAGUUUCUAUGCACUCUUUUUAUAUGGUCUCGGGAGUGUGUUAUUUUGUGGUCGUUGGAGAGUAAUUAUCUCCCGACCGGCGAAGCCAAAAGCAGACGAGAAGUUUAACUUCUUUCUUGUUGUUUAUUGUUAUAGUUUUGGAUGUAAAUAAUAAUUUUCUUACUUA